ACAGACCUGGUUAUUAUGGCAUUGCAAGGUGGAGAUUUGGUGGAAGCAGGCUGCUUGUGUGCUGAAAAAGAAUUGGCAGCAUCAUUCUCAAGUCCUAUGGGAGGAGAGAAUGAUGUUUGCAGGAUCUGUGCCAGUUGCAUGGCACAUUACUGCUACAUUCCAAUUGAUCCAAUACAAGGAAAUGAGAGACUAUAUGCAGCAGCAGGUCUAAAGCUGCAUUGUGAGUACUGGCUUUUGGCAUCUGGUGACAUGAAUAUGCAGUGUUAUGCAGAUAUGCAAAGAAUUUUCUGUUGUAACUCACAAGUAGCACCAGGAUAUGAGCAGGAUUAUUGGCUAAAUGAUGCAUCAAGGGAUCAAACUUGGGACAUCAUUUGGUUGAUAAACGUGAAAGGCAGCAGAAUUUUCACUCAAUUACAAGAGGUGAGGCCAUAUAUGCAAAAAGUUAGCAGCUACAGAGGAUGUUUGGCAAGACUACACUCUACAGAAGCAGUUCUAUGGUCAUUUAUUGAUCAAAACUGUUUUAUCUCAUAGUUUACAGUAAAAAAUUUAGAUUUCUAGUUAGUUGAAUUUUAGCAAUUUGUAGUGUCAUAAGGCUUAAGUUGGUCAUCAGUUUAAUUCUUGCAUUUUUAUUAGCCAUUUUGGCUACAUUGUAAAGACUCCUUAAUUUUUUGCUUUGAGGAAAAUAUAUAAAAUUAGCCUCUAGGCCCACAAGCCUAGAGGAU